AUGAGUAGUAGUACUAGUAGUAUUAAUUCAGGGUCUAGCAGUGCGACGGCGUCGGCUACUUCGAGUGGCGACGAGAUUACAAACUCAUGUUUUGGGGUUUCGUGCUCGAACCAGUGGGAGUGGGCGCGAUGGGUGAUAUUUGUGUUGUUUAUGGUGGUGCUUUCAGUGUUUGUUCUUACGACAUUCCGGAUCAACUAUCUAAGACGGCGUAGAGGCCAGCAGCCGCUUCGAUACGUUUCGUGGCUCACGCCACCGACGUAUCGACAGGCGGAGAGCUCGAGAAACCGGACAGACGUACCGUUGACCGACUAUGUCCCGCCAUACACGGAAGAAGCCAACGAGAAUGAUUUGGGCUAUUACGAUCGCGAUGGGGUGUUCCACGUGAACAGCAAGGCUGAUCCACCGCCACCUAUCGACGCAUAUGUCUUGGAGCGUCGUAACGAUAGGGAUGGCAACGUUGAUCUCGAGAUGCAGCAGACGGCGCGCACGGAUCCUGACACGAUAACUCCGAACACGCCGCUUCCUGCACCGCCUCCACCAGCAUUCCAGCCCGAUGCAAUGGGCCACCCGGGCACCCCCGGCAGCAGCUCCUCCGAUGUGACGUUCAGGAGCGCAAACCCCGUUCCCCCAACUAAUAAUACCAAUACCAACGGGCACUAG